AUGAGGCGCAUGCGCGUUGUGGACGGGCGCUGGGGCUGUAACGGCUCGGCGCGGAGAGGCCGGGCGGGGCGCGUCGCCGCCGGUAGCGGCCGCAGCGGCGGGGCGGAGGAGUUCGCCGAGCCGGGCGGCGGCCAAGAGGGCUGGCGGGGCCAGUCGCGGGGCUCGCCGCAGCAGCUGGCGGAGCGGUACGCGGACCUGGCGGCCAGCCACAGCGAGGCGCUGCGGCAGCGGGAGGAGCGGGAGUGGCACAACGCGCGGCUGCGCCAAGAGAACGCGCGGCUGCGGCUGGAGAACCGCCGCCUGCGCCGCGAGAACCGUUGCCUCUUCCGCCAGGCGCUGCUGGGUCCCGGCCCCGGUGGCCCCGAGGAACCCGCCGCCGCCGCGGACCCGGGGGAGGAGGCGGAGGCCCUGCGCGCCCAGCUGGGGCGGCUGCAAGAGAAGCACCGCCGGGCCUUGCAGCACCUGCGGCGCUGCCGGGCCGCCGCCGGGCCGGAGGCCUCGGAGCUGAACGACGAGGAGCUGGACGAGCUGCUGGAGGAGGACGAGCAGCCGCCGUCUUCCCCCGAGCAGCCGCUGGAGAAGAGGAGCCUGGUGCCGCCCGUGUAGCCGGCCCCGGCGGAAGGCGCGGCCGGCAGGGCCGCUGUGAGGGGGCGGCGCCGCAGGGCGCUGGGGGCCUCCCUGCGUGCCCGCCCUCGCCGCCUCCGCGGGCGGCGGUGGACCUCGGGGCGGGGAAGAAGCGGCUUACCCCCUCCUGCCUCCCUUCACUGCGCCCGGUGAAGCGCGGGGCUGGCUCUCACCCUUUCAGUCGAAACAGGCUCUUCCCAAAGAAAGGGUGGGGGAGGAGUUGGUUGGGUUUUUUAAUCCCGUUCCCAGAUGUGUGACCGGGAAGCACUGACCGUGAUCAAGGAGCAGGUUCAGCUGGAACACUGACGCUUGGAAGAGGCCCGCGUUUUAGUCGAGGAAUGCCUCAAAGCAGCUGUUGUCAUGGAGAAAAGAACCACGGUGAAAAGAGCAGUUGGUCUCAUGUCACCUCAUCGCAUUGAAAUGUGCUUCCUUCAGGGACCAGCUGCGGAUCACCUUUUUUCUCUUUGAGUUAGUGACUGUCAUGUAGACCUCAAUAGCCGUGGAGACUAUCAAAAGGUGGCUCUGACUAGUUCUUAGUAGUGUGUGUCUGUUAGGAAAGGGAGUGGAGGAAGCUUGCAAGCUUCGUUGUCAGCACUCCAGUAAAAGCUGGUGAUCGUUUGAACUCCCCUGAAUUGUCUGGACGUUUACUGCAAAACAGUAUUUGUAUCUUUAAUGAUGGACUUUGUUCACUGUCACAUGAAUAUUGGUUUGAAUGUCACACUUUCACAUAAAACUGCAACUGAUAAAAAAUAAAACCAU